AGGUGGACAUCCUGUCGUAUUUCUGCUAUAAAUGGAUGCCAGAAUUGAAUUUCUAUAGUUCCUGUUACACACUAGCUGGAGAGAAUGAAGUUCCUUUUGGCGUUCCUCUUCAUUGGUCUUGCCUCGGCAAGUUUCUACAAUGUUCUUGACCAUGCUGCUGACCAGGCAGUCAUGGACUUCAUGCUUGGGAUGGAAAAGGCUGGUCCACUCCGGGACGUAGCUGGUUAUGAUCUUGGUUUGGCAUCUGACGAAAUUGAAGACGACAUCAAGACUGAACUCGGCAAGACUCUGAAAGAAGCUCUGGACAAUGUCCUGAAUAAAAUAAAGGAUUCUAUUGACCAGGGCAAAGAGGUCGCUCAGAACUUGUUGGAUAAGGCUAAGGAUAUCGCUGGACAACUUAAAGAUCUUGGCGUGGACGCUGGUGGCAAAGCCCUGGAACUUCUACUGAAGCUAAAGGAUCGACUAAAGGACUGGGUAACUGGACUUCUAGAGAAGCUGGGUAUUGGCAAGCGUAGUCUGCUGGACAUCCUGGGUAACCUAGUGGGUGGUCUUGACAUCAGGAGCAUCAUUGAAAAGAUCAAGAACAUGAUCAUGGAGAAGUUGAAUAUCCAGCAGAUCGUAGACUACAUUAAGGAGAAACUAGGAACUGUCAGUGAGCUCGCCCAAACCCUGAUCCAGACCAUCAAAGAACGAGGACUUGAAGCUCUUAAGGACUUGGUAAACAAGAUCCUCGGUGUCGGUCGCAGUGCUUACUCCCUGAAGGACUUGUGGGAAAAGGUGAAAGAUUUCUUUAAGAACCUCGGAAUUGGAAUUACGGAAAAAUUCUGGAAGUUCGCUGAAUGGGUGAAGACCAUCUGGGAUGCCGGUAUCGAAAACGCCAAGGACAAACUGGCCAAGGUCAAACUGAUCGCUUUGGAGUUCAUCACUCACGCUAAGGACAUCAGCGCCGAAGUCGCUCGUGAAGCAUUGGAGUUCUUCCGACCUUACAAGGAUGACCUUGGAGAUCUCUGGAACAAGCUGGUUGAAGAAGCGAAGAAGAUCAUCGGAACUGGAGUUUAAACUUAUCUACUAUUGAAAUAGUUGUGUAACUCUAGUCAAUAAAGUAUAAAAAUCGCCA